AAUUAAUGACCUACAUAAUGGUUUGACCUCUUGGUGUCUGGAGAAUGGGCACAGGUGAUCGACUGUUGGAUAUUCCUUGCAAAGUUUGUGGGGAUAGAAGUUCCGGAAAGCACUACGGUAUAUACAGUUGUGACGGUUGUUCUGGUUUUUUCAAAAGGAGCAUCCACAGGAACAGAGUUUACACUUGCAAAGCCCAAGGAGAUCUUAAAGGCCGAUGUCCAAUUGACAAAACACACAGAAAUCAGUGUAGAGCCUGCCGUCUGACGAAGUGUUUCCAGUCAGCGAUGAACAAAGACGCCGUACAACACGAAAGAGGUCCCAGGAAGCCAAAACAAUCUAAGGAUGGGGAAAGUCCUGUAAGACAAGUGUCAGGAAACAACGGAGUCUGCCUGGAAUCCUCCCAGCAUUCUCCGUUGAAGCUGACAUCCCCUGCGUACCAGCAGGCCCCGAUGCAGCAAGCCGACAGCCCGGAAAGAAGGCCGCAACCUCUGUUCGUGUCCCACCAGCCUCCGGGACUCCUCCAGCUCCUCAUGUCCGCCGAGAAGUGCCAGGAAAUUGUUUGGAAUGGAAAAUUGGACGUGAUCAACGGUGGGAACUCAGGUCCUGGAAGCCCCUCUGCAACGGCCAUCCCUCUCUCGCUAAGUCCAAGUUGGGAAGUCUUACAGGAAACAACAGCCAGAUUACUUUUCAUGGCAGUUAGAUGGGUGCGAUGUUUGGCACCUUUUCAGACACUUUCAAAACGAGAUCAACUUCUAUUGCUUCAAGAAUCUUGGAAGGAGCUUUUCCUUCUGCAUUUGGCCCAGUGGUCUAUCCCAUGGGACUUGAGCCCAGUUCUCGGAGGUCCCAAAGCAAGGGAAAGGCUUCCGUUGGACGAUACGUUGGUUCCGAAUGAACUGAACGCCAUCCAGGAGAUCCUGGCUAGGUUCAGGCAGCUGUCUCCGGAUGGCAGUGAAUGCGGUUGCAUGAAAGCUGUAAUCCUUUUUACACCGGAAACGCCUGGACUCGUCGACGUCCAACCAGUCGAGAUGUUGCAAGAUCAAGCUCAGUGUAUUCUCAACGACUACGUUAGAGGAAGAUAUGCAAGACAGCCGACCAGAUUCGGUAGGCUUCUUCUGAUGAUACCGGGUCUCAAAGUCAUCAGGCAAUCCACGAUAGAAAGACUGUUCUUCAGAGAAACCAUAGGCGACAUUCCUAUCCAUCGUCUGUUAGGUGAUAUGUAUGUGAUGGAGAAAUCCUACUCAUAAAAUUCAACUGGAACAAAAUCCACAAAAAAAAUUAUUAUAUAACAAACCAAAAUUUCUAGUGUCUUUUUUUCUUUAUGUAAGAAAAAGUAAAACUCUUUUGUAAACAUAACAUCCCAUAAUAAUGUUUGAACAUUUCCUUAUUUAAACAAUGAUUAAUGAAAAACAUCUUUACCAAAUUGUAUACACUGUUAUUACCUUCAAGUUGAAAAGUUUUGUCAAUACUCCUUUCAAAAAACCAACUCAUUUUUUCCAAAUUUUCCCAUAAUUUAAUCAUCCUGACCCAUUAAUUCUUGAAUAAUAUUAUUCAAAACUUCCAGGGAUGUUUACAUUAAAGCAGGUCCUGAAGAUUCAGAGACGAUCAAACUGCAGAUGAAUGUUAAACGACUUGCAGAGAAAUUAACACUGGAUUAAAUAUGAUUUAAUAUGUCACAAUUGUUUAACAAAUGAACUCUACUUGCUAUUUAAUAAAAUUCUAUACAAGCAUAGAAUUAAUUAAAUGAUUGAUACUUUCAUACUCUCGCCUUUUCUAUAUAAUAAUAAAACUAGAUCCAACAUUAGCACACGACAUGUGUCUGAAACAGAAAGGAAUGUUGAAGAUAAGAA